UGUGUCCUGUGUUUGGAUGAGUUUUAAGCAGUUGCGCAUGGUUUGUGUUGCCAUCGACUGCAGCUGGUCUAAAGAGGCGUCUUUAGAAGACAAUGUCGAGUCCCUCCUUCACAAGGCUACUGUGAGCAUUCAGGGAAAAUUGGGGUUGUGUUCGGAGCUGGACCUCAUGUGGAGGGCCGUCGGUUGGAACCGUUUCGUCGACCACCCCAAGAUGGAAGUUGGUGUCCCUAGAGGGGGAAUGAGGAGGUCUACCAAAAACCUCAACUUGAAACUUGUGUGUAACUUUCCGAAGAGUGUGGAUGUCCAGCACCUCAUCGUGGAAUACAACUCUCAUGAAGUUCUGCGUGGAUGCAUUCCUGGCAGUAACCUCGUUCAGUGCAUGGCUUCCUCUGGUGCAUGCAACUCUACUGUCCUGCCAACUAGAUGUUACCGACCCAAAAGCUGCCCUUCUUCUCACAUUCUGUGCUACAGGUGUGUGUUUGGACUCCUCAAAUCCUUGGGUGAAGAGGUCAAGAAGAUUCCGUUGUGCAUAGUACCUGGUUGUCUUACAAAGUACUUCUACAAUGACUUGCUUUGGAUCGUCAAGGAGAGGCCAGAGCUUACAGACAAAAUUGAGCGCCUCGAGCACAGUGAGAGUUUCGCCAUCUACAAUUCUUUCUACAGGAGGUUUGAAUGUCCAUGGUGCCAUGAGACGCCCUUCCCACAAGUUUAUGUCGAAAAGUACAAUAUCACAGUCUGCAGAUCCUGCGAUAAGUGCAGUUGUGAUUCUUGCUUGUCACCAGUUGAUUUGCCAGAGAACCAGUGGUGCAAUUUCAAGAAGGGGCAACAGUUGCUCAAAGCCCAGGAAAGGAAGGAGGAGGACCCUGAGCAAUAUCAGCAGAUGAUGGAGAAGUACAGUUUUGAGGGGCUUCAAGAAAUUAAAGAAGCUUACGAGUACCAGGAUAGGGCUGUAUAUCAGAAUCAAUGUUGUCCUGCUUGCUUCACCCGUGUCUUUAAAACUCAUGGCUGCGACCAUAUGAUUUGCUGGUGUGGGCAAGACUUCUGUUGGCGCUGUGGUGCCCCUAUGGAUCCGAAAGUACCAUUCCUUCAUUUUGAAGACAAUGGGGAUUGCAAGCCCUUCGAUUUAUCUUUGUUUUAACUUGUAAGAUCUUCACUGCUUUGAAGGGUCUUGUUAGUAAAUUAACCUUUAUGUUCAAUUUUCUGCUGGUUUGGAUCACAUUGUAGUUAUUGUAGUUCCUUCUAAGUCCCUCUUUCGGAGGUCCUUAUUAGAAGCUUAAAAUCCAAGUUGGGUGUGGUUCGUUCAUCUGCUCAAGGUUCAUGAAGGGAUGUAUACUGUUGAACUAGCCAGGCAUCGCUUUGUGCACCUUUAGUAUGAAACGUUCCUUCACCUAACUUGGGAAAGGGCCCCGUAUUUCAGCUAACUAUUUGAAACUAGAGCACAUCAUUUGUGCCUUUCUUUCCAUUUUUAAUAGUUGGGGUUGUCAGUCAAAGGGGAAAUUAGUCAGAUCUCUCUUGUAUUCAGAUCAGUGGCAACCUGUAUUUACUGUCUGCUCAAUUCAACUAAGCACUUGUUUGUAAUUUCUAUCUCUAAGGUGUUUUAUCUUCGUAUUAUUUGUAUUGUGACAUCCAUGUCCCUGGGUGUUUUGUUUGCAUUCCCACUUGUUCAGUUGUUGUACAUUAACAUCGUAAGUUAAGUUGCUUGUCUAUUAAGAGCUGAAUCAUCUCAAGUGUUUGUUUUUUAACAACUAUUUUUUUAUCAGUGUUGAAUUCUUUCACAUCUUAAGUUGAUGUUUAAAUGCUAUUCUUGAUGGCUCUUUGUCUUUUUGUGUGUAUUGAGAUGUUGGCUUGGAGCGUGUUGGUCUGCUCUCAGUUGGCAUCUGACCUCCAUCCUUGGUUCGAUUUUGUCUUGGGUUGCA